AUGGCUGAGCACGAUCCAACGUGUCUGCCGUUUAUUAUAUAUUUUAUGAGGGAGAAAUACUUCAGACAAGCCAUAGGUACAGCGGCGACGGGUUUAAAACGAUACAACAAUGACCCAGUGCUUCGGUUCUUCAAAGCUUUUGGAACUUUAAUGGAAGGUCACACACAGGAGGCCCUGAGAGAGCUCAUCCAGUUGAAAGAUGUUCCUCAUCUCUCGCUCUGUUCAACUAUUGCUCUCAUUUACGCUCACAGACGAUGUGAAAGUAUCGAUCGAGAGGCUGUAGAUGAGCUGACCUCUGACCUGAAGCUGUUGGGGUCAUCAGCAGGUGACGGAGCGUUUUAUUAUGCCGCGCUGCUGUACUGGAUUCUGAACCGGAACCUGAAAGCCAAAACAUGCAUCAGUAAAAUGCUGAAGCUGUGUAAUGCAUCACCACAGGGGCUUAUUCUUAAAGGCUGGAUUCUGCUGACCUCUGAAACCGAAGAGAACAGACCUCAGGCCAUACGAUGUUUUGACAGCGGUGUUCAGGACUCCGGAAAUGUUUUUGGACUCAUGGGAAAGAUUGAGUUCUUCAUGGCCAAUCAGAAUGAGGCGUGCGCUCUUGACAUAGCCAAUCGGAUCAUAGUUUGUCAUCCAGACUUCACGCCAGCGCACACGAUGAAGAUGAAGGCGUUCUUGUCUCUGCGUGACUGGGAGCAAACGGAAGAGGUCGCCCUGAGAAUUUUGGAGAGAGAUGAACAUGAUCUGAAAGCUCUGCAAAUGAUGACCGUCAUUGCUGUGGCUAAAGAUGGAAAUAUGGGACUGGUGCGAGAUGGACUCCAGUUCAAUCUGCUCAAAGCUCGUGCUCUGAUGAGGUCUGGAGAUCUGAAGAGCGCCAUCCAGUGCCUGAGCAUUGCCAUGAACAUGCCAGGGGUCCGAAGGCCCUUAGAGGGGCCACAGUGUUCAGUCUCCACUGGUGAGCGAGUGUCUGUGUUCCUGGAGCUCGCAGAGGCCCGGAGACUCAACGGAGAACAGCAUGAAGCUUCUAAAGUUCUCCAAGACGCCAUUCUGAGCUUUAAAGGAACUCCUGAGGAAUCACGCGUCAUGCUGGCGAAUGUGGAUCUGGCUUUAGUGAGGGAUGAUGUGGACACUGCCAUAGUCAUUCUGCAAAACAUCCUGCCUAAUGAAUCGACAUACAUACAAGCCCGAGAGAAAAUGGCUCACAUUUACUUGGAGAGAAGAAGCAAUAAGAAACUAUAUGUUGCAUGUUACAGAGAAAUAAAUGAGCGGGUACCUGGACCUUAUACUAGUAUCUUACUGGCUGAUGCCUUUAUGAAGAUAAACCAGCCAGAGGAAGCCGUCAAGAUUUACCAAGAAGCAGAGAUGUCUACCAAAGACACCACAUUAGCCAAGAAAAUCGGCCACGCUUUAGUGAAAGCCCAUGAAUAUGACAAGGCUGUGAGCUACUAUGAAACGGCUCUGAAGGCCGAUGUGCAGGACUUUGUCUUGAGUGUGGAACUGGCCGAACUUCUCCUCAAGCUUCAAAGAUUUAAGAAAGCUCAGCGUGUUCUAGAGGAGGCCCUGGAACAUGAACAAACUGCUGCAUUGACAAUCGUGAUGAAUGACGUGAAGGUUUUAAGAGUGCUAGCGAGAGUGCUGCAAGCUAGGAAUGAGUCCGCUCAGGCCAUCGUGCAAAAGGCUCAUGAUCUCCAGAAGAAGAUUGUUAGUUGCAUUACAAACCAGUCAACAGAAUCAGAGGAACAGAGGAAGUUGCUGGCGGUCAUCUGCUGUGACUGCGCUCAUGAGUUUCACCUUCGCAACAACCUGGAGAUGGCCAAACAACUCUAUACAGAUGCCUUGAAUUGCAGCCCAGACAAUGAGGAGAUAAUCUUACAUCUUGCUCAGUUAUAUUUUGAGCAUCAGAAACUGGACUAUUGUGAAGAGCAAUGUCUGAGGAUACUGCAACUCCACCAAAACCACACCGAUGCAUCAAUGCUGUUGGGCGAUACAUUGUUUUGGAAGAACCAGAGAGAAGAAGCAGUCAAGACUUAUGCCAAUAUUUUGGAGCGAUACCCAGACGACUUUCACGCCAUGGCCCGGUUUCUGCAUAUUCUUCGCAGAGUUGGGAAACUAGAUGACAUCCAAUCUGUUUUUGCAGCGUGUGAAAAGUUUUGUCCACUGACGGUCAGAGAGCCGGGUUUUAAUUACUGCAAGGGUCUUUACUUCUGGCAUACCUACCAGGUGACUGAGGCCUUGACGCACCUGAACAAGGCCAGAGGAGAUACAAAGUGGGGCGAGAGAGCUGUAGAACUGAUGGUCCAGAUCUGUCUGAACCCAGACAAAGAGAUUUUUGGAGGAGAGGCUUUAGAUAAAGGACCAAAGGACAUGAGUGUGAGUCACCUGAGCAGUGAUUCAAAACAUCAGAUGGGCAUUAAUACAGCUCACAAUCUACUGAAGAUGUUCCAGCCACGAUCUACAGCUGAACAGAAUAAAGUCAAGCUGCUGUUUAACAUCUGUCUGAUCUACAGCAAAGAAACAAAACAGGUUGAGAAAGCUGUGCUGGAACUCACAGACAUGCUUUCCAAGAAUAUGAUGUUGGAGGCGUCGUUGCUUGUAGCAGCUCAAGGUCUCAUUCAGCUGAAGCAGAUUCCCAGAGCCAGAAACUUCCUGAAACGCCUCACUAAGAUGAAGUGGAACGACGCAAACGCUGAUCACUUGGAGUAUGCGAGCCUGCUGUUAGCUGACAUGUAUAUAAAGAUGGGAAAAUACCCACAAGUGGACAAACUUCUGGACAUCUGCACACGACACAACAAGUCGUGUAGUAAAGCGUAUGAGUAUCGGGGCUUUAUGAUGGAGAAUGAGAAGAGAUACAGUGAUGCUGCACUACAGUAUGAACUCGCCUGGAAAUACAGCAACAGAGUAGAUCCUGCAAUCGGAUUUCGUCUUGCCUUUAAUUGUCUGAAGUGCAAGAAUUACACACAGGCUAUCGAUGUUUGUCAUCAGGUUCUGCAGCAUUAUCCAGACUAUCCUCAGAUCCAGACUGAAGUUCUGACCCGAGCUCAGGUCUCUCUCCGACCGUGAGCUGCACCGAUACCUUCCAUUUUCCCUCCUAAAAGAUGUUUAUUGUCAAUGAGCGAGACGUUGUAUAGAAAGACCAUAUUCAAAUCCAAAUAUGUCUUCUCAAGUAGUACAAGGUCCUGUUAGGUCCUCCCGGACGAGCCCCCACAUGUUAUGUUUUGAUCCCUUUUUUUAGUCUAAAUGUUAAGGACCAAAGUAACAAAAGUGGAGAGAGAUCACAGGGACGUAACAACAUAACAAAGACAUGUAAUCUGUUCAAGACCAUUUUCUAUGUUUAAAACACUGAUCUGAUGUCAGUGCAAUUGCUGUAGUGGCACAAAUAUAUAUGUAUUCAGUUAUGUGACAUCAUUUAAAGUAAAUGCUAAUGUUAAUGUUAAAGUUAAUGUUAAGAGAACUUGGUUUGGAUACAUGUUAAAAUAGUCUAAAAGUGCUAUUUAAAUGAUUAUAUAGAUUUAUAGCAAUGUCUCAUAUCCACAAAUCCCAAAACCUUCAGCCAGACUGUCAUUGUUUUAGUUAGAGAUUGUUUAUUCAAAC